AUGAGUGCGCGACAGCAAUUCUUCCCUAGGCCCGCAUCCCGGGCAACACAUGUCAACAACGACGAGAAUAACUCAGCCCCAUCGAAGCAAUUCCAGCCUGACCCUACGAAUCCUUUGAAUCAAAAGUCCUCGGCUACGGGCUCGUCCACCGGCAGUAGCAUACCGAAUCCGCAAACGAAGCAUCAUAACCCGGAGCCAAAGCAACUGAAUCUUUCUAGUCUCAGAAAGCCACGUCUCGGUCUCUCCUCUGCCAACGGAUCGGCCCAAGGCGCGCAGAAUCAAGAUAUGGGUAGUCCACAGAUUAACGAACGCGGCCAAAAUCCGACCGGUUUCAAGGCUCGGGGCUCUUUAAAACAGCAGAUAAAUAUCGCUUCUCCUACCCCACAUCCUCUCAGGGAUGUCUCGCAGCUCCUGGCUACAUCUUCGCCGAAUGGGACCUUCGGUGUAAAUACCUCGUUCUCGGAAUCUAGCUUCAGGAUGCCUGUUUUACCGCCUGCUGCAACGGACGCUAUUCCCGCUAGCUUUCAGGCCAAUUCCGGGAAGGCUAUAUCUCAAGAUGCCGCGCAUACAUCUACGCAAUUUUCUGCCGAGGCCAGCUUUACCUCCCCUACUUCCUCUCUGGAUAUACCAAACCCACGCGGCGGAGAUAUGCUUAUCGACGAACUUUCUGAAUCUACGAAUGACCAUAGCGCAUUCAAUCUCAGCCUCCCCUUUGGUGACUAUAGUGGGCCCCAGCGCGUCCUACUUGAAGAAGACGGACUCCAAGAUUCUGCACGACUUCCGGAUUCGAGAAAAGGUUCAAUGAGGAAACAGAAACCCACUACCAAGCGUUCUAGAGCUGAUUUUGAAGAUUCCGUGCGUGAAGGGGUUUCGCAUGGCCGGGCCAAACAUCUUAGACCAGAGCAAGCAUAUACGCAUGAGAGAGAAUCACUUGAGCGCGAUGAUCUCCACGAACAGUACCACCCCGUGGCAUCGACACCAGCGCAAAGUGGAAACGCACCCCUCCCCAGGAUGAACACCCUGGACAAACUCCUCGGACUCGAUGUUGAUCAGUACAUCGAAAGUCACUUAGAGAAGUACGAAGAAGCAAGAGAGAAGUGGAAAACGUGCUCCAUGGAUGAAUGGACUGCGGGGGCUGACGGUAUGGUUAUGAGUAUUACGGAACUCACGACACCCUUACCAGAACAUCAUCAUUUCAUAGAACUCACGCAUAGGUUUGGGCAGGUUCUUGACUUUGUCAAAGACCACAUGACCACGAAGAUGAAGCUUUUCGCAACGAUGAACCAAAAGAUUGACGAGCAUAAUACUGUUUUAGAUGAACGCAGCAAGUCCCUGGUGCUUGCAAAGGAUCAGCUAGUCAAAGAUAGCGGGACGGUGCUUGGGCGGUGA